AUGAUUAAGCUUUUGAUUUAAAAAUAAUUCAACCCUAACUAAUACUUAAGUAUAACAAUAAACUUAAAUAAAUUUAUUAAUUUUAGCAUCUUUCUUUGGGUUAUAAUAGAAAUUCGUAAAAUAGUAUCUAUAUUUGUGAUAUAUUAAUUUAGUUAAUAAUUUUGGAGUUUCAUAUGCUUGGGAAGUAUAAAAAAAUAUAAUUAGAAAGUCUAUUCUUCUCCAACUGCUUUUGAAAUAGUUUUGAUUGUUAUCUUAAUAAUUCGACAGGUUCUAGAUACCACAUUAUCAUUAAAUUCAUAUUAUAUGAUUUUUAAAUCAAUUUAAAUUAGUCGCAAAAAGAUAGCUGAACUUAGCAUCAAGCACGAACUUUAUAUGAACAACUUCCCAAAAGAAUUUGAUAUUAGUACUAUAAGUUAAAUUUUAGAUCAAUCUGGAAAAUUUUAAAAGUCAUUUAAAGGUAAAAACUAUUGA